ACUGCAUGCCACAGUUCACAUCUCUCAGUGUGGCGCAGGACUUGUCCUCUCGCUUGCACUCUGCUCUCACUGCCUCGCUGCGAGUGCUAGACAAAUAUGCAUGAAGAAAAAAAAAACGCUCACGAGUCACGACCGACCAAUGCAACAGCGAAUCCCUCAGUCCCACAGAACAUCCCCUCGGACCUCUCCCCUGCGGAUAUAACCGCGGUUCUGCCAAAAGACAGACACAAAGGAACGACGGAUAUGAAUUCGUUUUCAACAGGGAGCUGAAGCUGGACAGCCAACACGAUGAGCCCUGUCUCACUCACUCCUCUUCAUGCCUCCAUGACGUGCGUUUCUCCUUUUUUUUCAGUCAACAAUUAAUCUGAGACAAACGCUCGAUGACCGAACGUGGUCCAUAUUUUUCACAGCUGUAAUUGCUUUACGCGUUUUGAGAUCGGCUACCUGGACUUGACAAGACAGCACAUAAGCAGUGUUUCCGAACACCGUCCAAUGAUCAAUACUUUUCUUGCGGAAAAGAGAAGCAUCUUGGUGACUCAUAGGCUACUCUUAAAUUAUUUGCUUUAUGUUGACUCUUACUGAGAAUUCAUGCGCGCCUGACUUCAAUGUGGGAAUCCUGCGUUUUUUUGCAUUCCGCCUUUUGGAUGGUGAUAACCACGCGACAGCAAAUCCCGCGCUGGUUUCCCGCACGUUCGGGCAGUUAGUCGUUAAAUAGCUAUUACUUGCUAAUGCCGGGUGUAUCGGAGAUGCCACAGGUGCAUGGUAUGGAUUUUAUAUGAAGCAGAUGCUCAAAGAUCACAUAUUAUUAAGUGUACGAAUAUGAAUGAGUACAUGAUUCUGUUGCGUGUGUUUUUUUAUCAGCUUGGAUAGAUAGUUGAAUACGGUUGUGAGGCGAAGUAAUUUAUCUGCCUUCUGAACUGCAAACAACUUCAAUGUCCCUCCGCAUUCUGUAUAGCUAUUAACCCAGACUGUAACACAAUGGACCUCAAAGUAGAAUCUGAAGAAAUGGACUGCACAAAGCCACCCGCUAUUGAGGUUUUUGCUCACAACUCAACGCUGCACGGAAUUUCGCACAUCUUCACCUAUGAGCGAGCCUGCAUCAAGCGCUGUCUAUGGGUCGUGUUCUUCCUGGGCUCCUUGACUUUAUUACUGUUUGUGUGCGUGGACCGAAUACACUUCUACCUGGAGUACCCGCACGUCACCAAACUGGACGAGAUCUCGACCCCGAUGAUGGUGUUCCCUGCUGUCACGUUCUGCAACCUAAACUUUUUCCGCUUCAGUCACGUGACGCGAAAUGACCUGUACCACGCAGGGGAGCUGCUCGCGCUGCUCAACCAGAGGACAUGACAUCAAGGACAUGUUGCUGGCGUGUCAAUUCCGGGGGGCCGAGUGCAGAGCCGAGGACUUCCAAGUGGUGUUUACUCGCUAUGGGAAGUGUUACACGUUCAAUGCGGGGGUUGAGGGCCGCACCCCUCUCAUAACUACCAAGGGAGGGAUGGGUAACGGGCUGGAGCUCAUGCUGGACAUUCAGCAGGAUGAGUACCUCCCUGUGUGGGGAGAGACAGAUGAGACCACAUUUGAGGCUGGGAUCAAAGUUCAGAUCCACAGUCAGGAGGAGCCUUCCUUCAUCGACCAGCUGGGCUUCGGGGUGGCACCUGGGUUCCAGACCUUUGUUUCCUGCCAGGAACAACGGCUGAUAUAUUUGCCCCCCCCCUGGGGGGACUGUAAGGUGACACGGAUAGACUCAGAAUUCUUUGAGUCCUACAGCAUCACCGCCUGCCGUAUCGACUGUGAGACGCGCUACCUGGUAGAGAACUGUAACUGUCGCAUGGUACAUAUGCCUGGAGAUGCCCCAUACUGCACCCCUGAGCUGUACAAAGAGUGUGCUGAUCCAGCUCUUGACUUCCUGGUGGAGAGAGACAACGAUUUUUGUGUGUGUGAGACACCGUGCAACAUGACCAGAUACAGCAAAGAGCUGUCCUUCGUCAAGAUCCCCAGCAAGGCCUCUGCCAAGUAUCUGGCCAAGAAAUACAACAAGUCAGAGCAAUACAUAGCUGACAAUAUCCUGGUUCUGGACAUCUUCUUUGAGGCUCUAAACUAUGAGAUGAUCGAACAGAAGAAAGCCUAUGAAGUAGCAGGACUUUUAGGUGAUAUUGGUGGUCAGAUGGGUCUUUUCAUUGGAGCCAGUCUCCUUACUAUUCUGGAGCUGUUUGACUACAUCUAUGAGGUGAUAAAGUACAAGCUCUGUCGAAGCUCAGAUAAGAAACACAAGCACAGCAACAACGACCAGGGAGCUGUUCUGAGCCUGGACGAUGUGAAAUGUCACUCUCUCCGUGACAAUUCUCAUCCACCACCUCCAUACUCUGCCAAUAUGCUACCUUAUCACACAGAGCGGAGCAACUCAGAGGACUUCACCUGCUGAGCCAAUUAGAACACAAGAUAGUAAGGAAGUGGAGCAUUUCAGUUUCAUUCAAAAGUAGACAGAAGUCAGAGUAUAAAGCUUAUUUGUACAGAAUCUUGAUGAUGGGUAAAACGUAACACUUCAAUAGCACUUAGAUCUCCACUGGUGCAAGAUUAGUGAUAGCCACGUAUAGCUUGCUUGAUGAUAAUUACUGCAGCCCACAACGUCAUGAAACUGGCUAUUUCAUCCCAUGUAUACUGAGCAAAAACAUAAACACAACAUGCAACAAUUUCAACAGUUUUACUGAGUUACAGUUCAUAUAAGGAAAUCAGUCAACUGAAAUAAAUUCAUUAGGACUAAUCUACAAAUUUAACAUGACUGGGCAGGGGAGCAGCCUUGGGUGGGCCUGGGAGGGCAUAGGCCACCCACUUGGGAGCCAGACCCAGCCAAUCAGAAUACAGAACUACUCCUCAGUUUCAUCAGCUGUCUGGGUGGCUGGUGUCAGAUCAUCCUGCAGGUGAAGAAGCCUCUAUGGGAAGGUCCUGGGCUGGCGUGGUUGCACGUUGUCUGUGGUUGUGAGGCCGGUUGGUCGUACUGGCAAAUUCUCAAAAACAAUGUUGGAGGCAGUUUAUGGUUGAGAAAUGAACAUUCAGUCCUCUCGCAACAGCUCUGGUGGUCUUUCCUGCAAUCAGCAUGCCAAUUGCAUGCUCCCUCAAAACUUGAGACAUCUGUGGCAUUGUGUUAUGUGACAAAACUGCACAUUUUAGUGGCCAUUUAUCGUCCGCAGCACAAGGUGCACCUCUGUAAUAAUCAUGCUUGUUUAAUCUGCUUCUUGAUAUGCCACACCUGUCAGGUGGAUGGAUUAUAUUGGCAAAUAAGAAAUGCUCACUAAAAAGAAUGUAAACAAAUUGUGCACAAAAUUCGAGAGAAGUACGCAUUUUGUGCAUAUGGAACAUUUCUGGGAUUUUUAUUUCAGCUCAUGAAACAUGGGACCAACACUUUACAUGUUGCGUUAUAUUUUUGUUCAGUACAAAAUACAAUUGUUCUUGUGUCUUCUGAGAAUGUAAUUUUACUCGGGCUACAUGUAGAUAUAGAGACCAGGACUAAGGGAUUUUGGCUUUGGGUGUGUGAUGGUGGGAAAUGUCCUCUGAUCAACUUGUAGAUAUUGGUUGAAUGUGUGAUGAGAUCUUCAGGGCUCACCACUGGGUUGCAUGUAUGUCAUCAUAAACUGUGUGUUUUCUGUAAGCAGUAUAUUGGCAUGUUUGUCCAUGUUACAUCUGUUGUCUGUUUAUGUGUAUGGUUGUGUGUGUGUGUGGGUGGGUGGGGGGAGCAUGCUUUAUUUGAGUGUGUCUGUUUGUGUUUUGAAUGUACGUGUGUGUGAUACUUCAAAAGUAAUACACUUUCUCAAGUUGAUGAAUAACAGUCAUGAAAUUGGCCCGUUUUCUAAUUUACUCCCUCUGUCCAAUUGGUCAAGUUGACACAAUUCAAUGAAGUUGCAUUUUCAUAAUGUAUUAUAGUGUAAAAACCAAUACAUUUUUUAAUUGAAAAGAUUGUUCACCAUUUUCUAAGAAAUAAAAGUCCAAAUGGUGCUUUCUUGUUAAUAGUUUUAGAGCUAAAUGAAUAGAUUAGAUGGACUAGAUAGAACUAUGAUGACAGAUAUCAAACCACCUCUUUGACAAUGGUAAUAUUGCCUGAUUCCCCAAUGUUAAACAAUUGGACCACUGUUACUACAAUAUAUUUUAGGAUGAACCAUUGUAGGUAGUUAGGAACACCUACAAAUGAUGAAGCCAAUCUCUUAUCACUCAUGCCUCAUAUAACCAUGCUAGAUGUCUUUCUCAUAGGAAAAGGGGAGUUAUAUGAUAGUGUGUAACUGUGUAGUGUUAUUCUCAAGCACAACAGUAUCAUCAACAUAUAAAUUGAAUGUAAAUAAAAUGCUGUAAGUAAGGAAUAUGGAUAAUGUUUCUGAUCGUGAUUACAGAGUCUUGCCUAUUGUUGUUGAUGUAAUUAAUGUAGCUACAGUAUGUGUAUGUGAUCUUACCUUUGUUUUUCUAUUAAUACUAUGCCUACCAGUUUACAUGUUUUCAAAUGUUUUAUUUGUCUCCAAAGCAACAAUAAAGUAUAAUGACAUUUCAA